AUGUCAGUAUAUUCGGCAGACAUAGAGACGAGUACUCAAAGACCGGAAUACCUCGAAGGCUUCACCGAUUUCGCGGAAUUUCUAGGCAGCAGCCGCGACCUUGCACUGUACCGAAGAUUCGACGUAUUAGCGGCUCGAAACCUACUCUACGUCCAAGGCGAACUACUCGCGAUCGAAGCCUCUCUAAGGGAAUAUGACGAGAGAGACAAAAAGAUAGUCUUCAAAGGAAAUGGCAUUUCGCCUGAGGCAAUGAACGUUUUGGAGGCGGCCAAGGACUGGCAGUCCUUCUCGCGACAUUCGCAAACCGACCCAGCGCAGGAGCAAAAGAUGAAAAAGGUCCUUGAGCUUCGGCAGGUCCUAAAGGAAUAUCAGGAAGCGCUCGUCUUGCAUAGUACGGUCUUGCAGUUGCCAUCGCCGGAGAACCAUACCCUGGAGGUUGUUAAAAAAUGGUUUGAGAGGAAAACUCCUUUCAUAAGCCAUGGACGAAGCUUAUUCGACAAUACCUAUGAUAUUGCAAGCCUGCGGCCUCCGGAGGACUGCGACCGCUUGUCACGGUCUAUCCAAUCAAUGUUCGGGUAUUUCUUUCGGGAGCCACGACCCGUACCUCGAUCCUGGGGAGACAACUAUUACUACCCAGAACAGGGUGUGGCGAAACUCGUAUCCAUCAUCACUGUUCUGAUAGCCACCAUGCUACUAUUCGGUGCCAUUGCUGCCCUUAACUUCGCAUCACCUAGAAACCAUGGCUUGAGGUUAGGCAUCAUUGGGGGGUUUACCUUUGUUUUCGCCAUCACCGUGGGCAUCCUCACAACCGCAAAACGAUCUGAGCUUUUUACUGCUGUUGCUGGAUACUCUGCCGUGCUGGUUGUGUUUGCAACAGUGAACGUGGAGUCGUAG